UAUUAUUUAUGAUUUUUAAGGACUACAUUUCCCAGAAACCAUCAUGGCGUGCUUUUACUCUCCGCCCUUCCUUCGAGUUAUAAACUGGGAGCCAAAGUCCAGGAGGCGAAAGAAGCACGGCAAGUCUGAGCGGGAGCAAAGGGAAGUUUGUCUGGCUUAAGCAAAUUUGCUGUGAUGGCGGUGCGCAUCCUGGUCUUGCCUUCCCCCGCCUGCCUGUAUGACGAUCCCGUGCAGGUGAAGAUCGAGGGCCUCUCUCCGCUACAGGAGGUCACCGUCGCGGCGUCUUUGGAGGAUGAGAGCGGCCACCUCUUCCAAUCGCGCGCGUACUAUCGGGCUGAAGGGAACGGAGAACUGGACCUCAGCUGCUCCCCGUCGCUAGGUGGGAGCUACUGCGGGGUGGAGCCCAUGGGCUUACUGUGGGCGCUGGAAUCCACGACGCCCUACAAGAGGCUGAGUAAGCGGAACGUCCUCACCCCGUUCUGUGUCACCUACGAGGUGUACGACGGGCGCGGAGUCACCGGCUCGCUCCUUUGCAGCUGCCGCAGCGAGAGGCACUUCGUGGCCGAAGGCGUGAAGAGGGUGCCCGUGCGAGAAGGCCGGCUCAGAGCCACGCUUUUCUACCCGCCCGGUCCUGGACCUUUCCCAGCAGUUCUUGACUUGUAUGGAUCUGGAGGGGGACUGGUGGAAUACAGAGCAAGCCUUUUGGCAAGCAGAGGUUUUGUUACACUGGCACUUGCUUUUUUAGCUUUUGAAGAUCUCCCAGCUUUCCCAAAGUUCAUUGACUUAGAUUAUUUUGGUGAAGCAAUAAUGUUCCUGCAGAAACAACAAAAGGUUAAAUCUAUGAAAAUUGGAGUCCUGGGACUGUCUCAAGGUGCAGAUCUCGGUCUUUCUUUAGCUGCAUUUUGGCCAAACAUCCAAGCUGCUGUCAGCAUUUCUGGCACAGGGUUAAAUGCUUUUUUCCCUUUGAAAGUGAAAGGACAAAUCAUUCCACCUCAUCCUUUAGAUUUGGGCAGGGUCAAACCUACUGAUGUUCCGAAUGUACUAACUUUUGCUGAAGUAAUGGAUGAUCCCAAAGACCCAUCGACCUGGCCAUGCCGCAUCCCUGUUGAAAAGUCCUCAAGCAAGUACCUCUUUAUAUGCGGACAGGAUGACAGAAACUGGAAAAGUCAAAUGUUCUGCCAAGAGGUUGUUAGCCGCCUUCAGCAGAAUGGACGUCAUGUGGAGUUCUAUUGCUAUCCUGAAGCUGGACACCUCUUGGAGCCUCCUUAUAUGCCCUUGUGCUGUAUUUCACUUCACAGGACAAUUGGGAGCCUUACACUCUGGGGCGGAAAGUGGAAAGAACAUGCAGAGGCACAGGAAGAUGCCUGGCAAAGAAUAUUAGCCUUUUUCAGACAACACUUGCUGGAACCAACUUUAAAAAGUACUUUAUAGGGUGCAGUUGCAUUGGGUUGUAAGAAAGGCAGAAUUGCUCGUACGCCUUUGAUUGUCAGUUGGUAACCAAGUUAAACUCAGAGUGAUGGUCUCUAGAAAAUAUAUUUUGCCACUUUCAGGUACACCAAUGGGGCACCACAAUUUUCAUUAGUUUGGGGAAAACUCGUCCAGCUGGAGACCCUUAAGCAUCUUACACAUAAAUCAUAUGUAAUAAACGGAUCUAUCCCUCUCUCCAAUCAGUUGCAGUUUGGUUAUUUCAUAUUGAUAGACUACAAAACCUGAUUUGCAAAUUGUUUCUGUGGACUAGAGGCAAACUAUCAAGAUGUAUUAGGUGUUGUCAUGCUUUCAGUGGGCCCAUACAAGUCAAUUGCACAUGCAUAUACAACCCAGCUGAAUACAGUUACCAUAGCCCAUAAACAAUUUAUUUCCACUCCCACCUCGAUACUACAUACAGAUUCUCUUCCAGCUAUACAUCUUUGUAUUUGGAUAUUCAAGGUUACUCCGGUAAUAAAAUCCUUAAGCUACUGCCACAAAUGUCAUUAGCAAUGUAAUGGUUUCAGGGCCUUCUACUUUUAGGAAAGCUGUAGAGGUUAUACAAAGGUUAUGUACAGACAUGCACAGCAAACUGCCAUGAUCACAGUAACCUGUUACCUCAACAUCUAUGACCUCACCUAAUUAGUAGCCAGGUAGUACCAGGAACUAUUGUCUUAUGUGAAGCCUCUACCCUGUCUGGGAUGGUCUUAGAGAUUGACAAGGAGAAUGUACCAAUAAGAUGCUGUUGCUACCUAUGCUGUUGCUUUGCUUGUUGAAACGGUAUAAAAGCCAAAUAAACUCUGCGUAAGGCAGACAGACAUUUUGGACACUACCUGAUAUGAUGGAUUUCUGAGACCAACAUCUGGUGCCUAAACAGAACCAAGGGCACCCUAUGGGGGAGCAAUCACCAACAUACUUAUCUCCCAUUCGGAACAGACCCCAAGGUGCACCAAUCGUCCUAUAGGACCCCUUGGAGGUAAAUAUUUGUUGCAGUCUAUCUCACCAGCAACAACAACAUGUACAAGAACUUAGCUUCUUGUUACAGAAGUCAGGUGUUGAAACACCUGAGACAGAGAUAAGGAAGCUGGUUGGUGAGAUAGGGAAACUUUGUCUUUGGUAUCCCGAACGAGGAACAUUUCAUUUACGUGACUGGGAAAAAAUAGGACAAACUACAUCUUUAACCCAGGGCUCCAGUAUAGAUAUUACAGCUAUGGUUUCAGUGCCGUCAUGCAGUGGAAAAAAAUGGAUCUAAAGUUUUGGCAGGGCAACAAUUGACCACAAAACCUUUGCCUGAUUAUGAUCAGUUCAAAAUUAUUCCCCCCAAAUCAUCUUUAAUUAGACUUUCAGCUCCUCAUGGAGAGGUUAAUUCUUCUGCUUCUCCAUGGUCAGAGGAACAAUUAGCAAAAGAGGGGGGGGGUAUAGAAGAUACAUUUUAUGUCUGUUCACCUAAUUUGAUUCCACAAGAUCAUGAAAUAAUUGGCUUAAAGGAUUGUUCUUCCUCUAUCCCUCUCUGCCCCCCUGAUCAGAAAAAGUUUGUCUUCAUUGUGCCUGCCGUUUUGUCUAUUCUUUCAGCAGCGGCCGCUCUAAGAGUGUUUUCUAUGGUUAUGGGUAGGCUGCCAGACAAAGUCUGAAUUUUUCAGAUGAAUCAUGAACCAUCCAGUACCAGCUCAAUAUUUUCCACAAUUUGGCCUCUGAUUUGAAAAUUGAUAGUUAAGGAUCUUGGUGGGAAAGCUUUUGGGCUUGGUUGCACACAGGCCUAUUGGAAAUUGUCCAACAUUAUUUAGUCAUUAUUUGUGCUAUUUUGAUUGGUGGGUGCUGUUUUGUUCAGUGUUUUCCCUACCUUUGCAAAAUAUAUGUAUCACAGCUUUUUGUCUUGAAACCCUCUUCUGUACUGCCUCAGGAUCAAGUAUAUGCCCUAUAUAAGUAAUUGUAACGAUGUUUCUUUUUUGAUUAUGAUUCUUUUACUAACCCCUCUUACGAUGCCUUGUCUAACAAAAUAAAAAAGAAUGAGAUGUAGAGGUUAUACAAAGGUUAUGUACAGACAUGCGCAGCAAACUGCCAUGAUCACAGUAACCGGUUACCUCAACAUCUAUGACCUCACCUAAUUAGUAGCCAGAUAGUACCAUGAACUAUUGUGUUUUGUGAAGCCUCUACCCUGUCUGGGAUGGUCUUAGAAAUUGACAAGGAGAAUGUAUCAAUAAGAUGCUACCUAUGCUCUUGCUUUGCUUGUUUAAACUGUAUAAAAGCCAAAUAAACUCUGCGUAAGGCAGACAGACAUUUUGGACACUACCUGCUAUGAUGGGUUUCUGAGAUCAAUAGAAAGCAACAUCCCGUUCCUCUGCUGCCAAUGACUCUGGCCUCUUCUGCAAGGGCAGAGACCAGCUUUGGGUUCAUCUCUUUCCACCAUGGUUUAGAGCCCUUUCCACAAAGGGAGACAAAGUGGCCCAGACAAGGGAGCUUGUAUCUCAGCAGGUGCUAGGUUGCUGAGCCCAUCAUGAAUAUUCUCUAGUUUUUCACUAUGAAGAGAUCUAAAUUCAUCUCAAGACUUUUCUCUCGCUUUUUUUUUUUGUUACAGUCAAAAUUUUAAUUCAUAUAUAAAUAUUUUGAAGACAGUGUAUUGUCCGGGCAUUUCAUUUUACAAAAGAAAGAAGGAAAAAAAACAACAGAUAUACUAAUAGUAAUAAUGAUAAUACACAUAAUUACAACCAUAUUUAUAAUUAUAUUAGCUUAUUUAGGAUCAUAUUGUACCAGCAUACCUAUUAUUAUAAACAACAUUCAUAUUUUCCUUACAUAUACUAAUUUCUACCUCUUAUCACUAACCACAGGUAAAACCUAUUCCACAUUGAAUAGUACGCUGUAUCUCCUUUUAUCUUUUAUUUUCAAUGUCAAUCUGUCCAUCUCUGCACAGUACAAUAUUUCUUGAAUUAUGUUUUCAUCUGGUGGGGUGUUCUCAUUUUUCCAAUAUUGUGGAAACACAAUUCUCACUGCUGUUAAUACAUGUAGCGUUGAGCAUUUGGUCUGUUUAUCAUAACUUUCUGGUAUUAUGCCUAAUAAAAAUAUUUCUGGCUUUAAAUCAA